AUGUGUAUGCAUGGUGUAGUAGAGGAACUUGCAGGAUUCGGGGCAGUGAUACACACUUGUGCUAGAGAUGAAUCUCAGCUUAAUGAGUGUUUGAGCAAAUGGAAAAAGAAAGGUUUUCAAGUCACUGGUUCAGUCUGUGACCUAACUUUGAGAAUAGAGAGAGAGGACCUAAUGCAGACUGUGUCUUCAAUGUUUGGUGGCAAGCUCGACAUACUCAUAAACAACGUGGGCUCGAUUCGGGCAAAGCCGACGGUAGAUUUUACAGCAGAGGAUUUCUCGUUUCAUAUUUCGACCAACUUAGAAUCUGCUUACCAUCUGGGCCAGCUUGCGCAUCCUCUGCUUAAGACUUCAGGAAGUGGGAACAUUGUGUUCAUGUCUUCUGUUGCUGGAGUUUUAUCGUUUACUGUUAGCUCCAUCUACUCUGCAACAAAAGGGGCGAUGAAUCAGCUAGCGAGGAAUCUGGCAUGCGAGUGGGCUAGUGAUGGCAUUAGGGCUAAUGCUGUGGCUCCUGGAGUCAUUGCAACUCCUCUAGCUGGAGCUGUGUAUGAUGAUGAGUUCAAGAAGGUGAUAAUAUCUAGAAAGCCAUUAGGGCGUUUCGGAGAGCCCGAAGAAGUAGCCUCGCUCGUAGCUUUUCUAUGUAUGCCAGCAGCUUCAUAUAUAACUGGUCAGACCAUUUGUGUGGAUGGAGGUCUCUCUGUCAAUGGCUUCUCGUAUCAGCCACAAGGUUAAAUCCAAU